GUCACUGAAGUUGAAAGAUACCAAGAGAUGAAAAUUUGCAAUUGCAAAUCUGACAAUAGGACUUUCUCUUCGACAACUCAUCUUUUUGCUUCUUUCCCCACAUGUGCAAGACAAUGCUCAGGAAAGCUCACUGCCAGAACUAUACGAAUACACGGAAGUAAGCAGCCGUAUUGCUGGAAACACAUCUGUGCUUUCCGCACCCCGUCCCCCAGCCUGCCUGAUGAAGCGCUCGCCCUACACCUCCCGCACCUGUCGGCCCCCAGCUGAGCUGCGGAAAGUGACCCGCGUCUCCAUGGCGACGCGUCACAAAGCAGCCGUGCGCAGCCCACAGCACCCAGUCCAGCAGGAGCAGAGGGCACCGCCACGGCCUCUUUUGAGCAGAAUGGCACAGACUGGGCUCGAGGCCGCGUGCCCCUCUCAAAGCGGCCACAAGAUUCAGCCAAGCCAUACCACCUGGGAUUCCUAUGCCACCACCAUGAGGACUGCGUACACGCCCAAGACUGGAGCCAUGCCUCCUUUAAUUCGCCAAAAAAGUAUCAGAAGACUAGGAUAUACAUAUUCACUUAGUGACCCUAUUCCCAAUCAGACACAGUACAAUGAUGAGUAUGUCUGGAAAACAUAUUCUAAAGAAGAUUGGAUCAAAAAUGGGACUUCAGGAGGAAUCAGGAGACACAAAUCUCACCCCAGUCAAGACUUCUUUCUCUGGACACUACCUCAAGGUCAGCCAGCAGCAUCAAUUAAGAGCUACCUCCCUUGGAAAAUCGCUACAGAGGAAAAGGUUAGGAAGGCAAUAUCAAAUCAGUUUAUUUCCAAUACUAGAAGAGACUUUGUGGACAGAGCAAAAGCUCAGAAGAUUAAGGAAAGUUCUCCCAUGUCUCUGGAAUGGAAAAAGUUACUUCCCCGACCUGCAGACACUGAAUUUCGACGGAAUUACCAAGUUCCAGCUAAAAUUCCUGAGUUGCAGGAUUUUAGUUUCAAAUAUGGAUGCUACUCAAGCCUACCAGUUGCUUCUCAGGGUCUAGUCCCUGCUGUGCUAUACAGCCACAUGAGGAUUCAAGAACGCAAAAGGAAGCAGACUACAUACCAAAGCGAUUACGGAAAAGCCUAUCUGGAUUUCUUAACGAUUUUAAACUCAUUUACUCCCUCUCAAGUCACAGAGUACCUUCAGAGUGUUUCCUACAAAGACAGACAAAUUCUCAAUCGCUUUAUCCGUUCUCACUGUGACUCUGGCAUGGGACAGAAAAAUAAAGGAAACAGUUCAAAUGAAAAAUAUUGAAAAUCAAAAAAAGCACUGGAUCAUUUCCUCAAUAAUGAAAAAAAAUAAGAUCCAAAUUGUUCCAAAUAAUAUAUUCAUGGCUCUGUGUAAUUUUGUUUUGUCUUAUUUUGUUUUUAAACGAUAAAAUCAUUUAAGGCCAUAAAUCCUCCCCUCCCCCACCAAUGUAUCCCAUAGGUCUUGCUAUAAUGUUUUUUUCCUAUUCUCUACUGGAUACUUAAUUUGUGGUUUCAAUUUUGAUUUCCUCUUUGACCCAGAAAUUAUGUGGAAGAGGCUUCUUAAUUUUCCAAUAAUUAGAGGAUUUUUAAAAAAACUUUUCAUUGUUGACUUUCUGUUCAAAGUUUUUUUUAAAAAAAUCUUUGUUUUGGGAAAUUUAGCAAGGUUUUCUUUUAUGCCAAGUAUGUGAUUAAUUUGUAUAUUACAUGAAUAUAAGAAGAGAAAAAAUGUAUAGUUUAUUGUAUUUCUCAAAUCCCUUAUAUCUUUGCUAUAAUUGCAUACUUGAACGGUCAAAUUCUGAAAGAAUAAUAUUAAAAACAUCCCACAGU